ACUUCCUGAAGCAGAGUCCCGGAUGUUUUAAAAAACCGACUGAGCUGUGUGUUCACGUCACAGCCUCCCAGCGACCUCCAGCUCCACCAUGUCCAACGAAGACCUCGUCUCGGUGGAUUAUGAAGUUUUUGGCAGAGUUCAGGGUGUAUUUUUCCGGAAAUACACUCAAGCAGAGGGGAAGAAGCUUGGCCUGGUUGGAUGGGUCCAAAACACAGGCUCAGGAACAGUUCAGGGGCAGCUACAAGGGCCACGCAGCAAGGUGAAAGAAAUGCAAGAGUGGUUGAAAUCCACUGGGAGCCCCAAGUCCCGCAUAAGCAAGGCGGAGUUCAAGAACGAAAAGACAGUUCACAGCCUAGAACACUCAUCUUUUAGCAUAGUAAAAUAAAACAACCCAUUUGUUUGUGACUGUAGUUUUAACCUUAAAGCAGAUGUGUUAUUUAUUUAGUCUUUUUACUGGCAGGGAUGCAACUCGUAAUAAUUAGUUGAAAAUAAGUGUAUAUGUACAGUCUUCUAAACAUCUACAAUGUAAUAAAUGGAAAAAUUAUUUCAGCAAA